CUCUUUGCGUAAAAUGAUACUAAGGGAAAAGAUAGCAGCAGAAGGAGUGGCUUUAAUUGAACUAGAAGAUUAUUGUUUGCAAAGUGGAAACAAAGUAAAAUCCCAAGAGGAAGCUGCAAAAGUUAUUCAGAGUGCGUUUCUUAACGACCCUGGAAUGUGGUGGAUGGCAACUGGACACACUAAAGACAAUAUUGCGCAACAAGAAAUCGAACAACUCAAAGUUGCACAGUUUCUUUCGUUUCUUUCCGAGUGGGAAAUUUUUCUUUGUAAUAGAAAAGGUUUUGUACUUCUUGCCAUAGAGUUGGAAACACAAGAAAUUGUCGGAGUUUGUUGUGUAGCGGCCCCUCGAGGUGAAGAAUCUUAUCUAGACUAUGUCGUUGGUUUGUUAACUAUAAAGAGUACCUUUUGGGGACUUUUUAGUAUGCAGCAGCGGAGAGCUCAGGCAUUUGGUGCUUGGCAGAAAGAGUCAAGAAGACGCGCUCUUGAAAAUAGUUUGCCAAUAUUAUUGUCCAUGAUAGGGGUUCGACCCGAUUUCCACGGAAGAGGAGUAGGCAAGGCUUUGUUGCAAACUCUUAACAAAGUUUCUGACGAUUUGAAGACUCCCAUUUACUUGGAAACGAGUGUGGCUCGCAAUGCAGAACUUUACAUGCACUUUGAAUAUCGCAUCGUGGAACACUUGAAGAGGCCAGUCAAAGUUGGAAAUAAUGAAAAUUCUUGGGAUUGUUUGAUUCCAAUGAUAAGAUUGCCGUAUUCAUAAUAAUUGUAUAUAAGAGAGAUUAUGAAAAACUUGCAGAAACAGCUACUAGACUCCUUGGAACAGUCCAAGAAUCAAUUAGAAAGAGAAAAGUUGCUUAUUCAGUUCGAACAGUCGUUGCCUCAGGUUGAAGGGGGAAAAUUAAAGCAGUUAUUUUUUCU